UGCUGGCAGAGGCUCAGCUUAUUAUUGACGGCUCGCACUCCUGCCGCUGCUCCUGCCUUUAUUUUGAAUCAUUUGUCGCUCGGUGUUGAACUCUUCUUCCUCCUCAUGCUCAGCUUCACGGCGGAGCACUGCUGCCAGGUUGACCGUAUGGACAGCCGGCCAGCGGCGACCAUGGAGCUGAAGCCGUGCAUCGAGUACCAUGACCUGGAGGCCGCCGAGGCGCUUGUCAGCAUGAGCUUCUGGGGUCAAAGGGCGCACAAACCCCGCCCGCUGACCCCGACUUCUGACUCCUGUGACUCCAUCCAGCUCCACCCAGAGGGAGGGGACACUCCCAAAGACCUGAUUGCUCUGUCCUCACUGUGUAUGACUCCACCUCACAGUCCAAGCUUUGCAGAAGCCUCCACCACCGCUGUCCUCACCACCACCUCUGCUAUGAGUCCCGCCUCCAGACCAGUCCUACCCCGCCUGGGGCUCAGUGUUGGCCCCGCCCUCAUCAGUGACUCCCAAACUGGCCUCCCCCAACCCUCCCCCUCCUCCUCCCCCUUCACUUCAGACACCUCGGCACUUCCACCUCAGACGGAGUUGUCCUGUGUGGCUCCGUCUGGCAGAGCUAUGGCCACCAGCGUCAUCCGCCACACUGCCGACAGCCUCAGCAUUCUUCCUCCCCCUCCCUCUUCCUCCUCCCAGCCAAUAGAGACCUCCACGCUGCCUCAGCCAGGACCUCCAGAGACACUUACAGAGGAGAAGGAGGGACCUCCUCCGUCUCCUGACAGCCCGUCCUCUCCUCCUUCCUCUGUGUCUUCUCCUCAAUCCUGCCAAGUGUCUUCCUCUUCCUCCCCAGUCUCCCCCUCUCCGGUCCUCUGCCAGGUGUUCCCGGUGAGUGGCCGGACGGGGAUGAUCUCCGCCUUUGUCCAGGCUCCUGUUCAGGUGCAGACUCAGGGGGGGCCCAAGCCCAUAUUGCCACAGUCGACUUCCAGCUUUGCUCAGCCUCUGCUGGUGGGCUCUGCUGUGCCGCAGGGGACCGUGAUGUUCGUGGUCCCCCAGCCGCCCGUCUCCCAGCCCCCACAGGGUCCGCAGACUGUCAUGACCCUGGGCAACACCAAGCUGCUCCCCCUGGCACCGGCUCCAGUUUACAUGCCGUCAGGAGCGAGCAGCGGCGCCUCACAGACCGACUUCUCCCGCAGGCGAAAUUAUGUCUGCAAUUUCCCCGGCUGCAAGAAGACGUAUUUCAAGAGUUCACACCUGAAGGCUCACCUGCGCACACACACAGGUGAAAAGCCGUUCAGCUGUCACUGGGAGGGCUGCGACAAAAAGUUUGCCCGCUCUGAUGAGCUUUCCCGCCACCGCCGAACGCACACCGGUGAGAAGAAGUUCGUCUGCAACGUGUGUGACCGCCGCUUCAUGCGCAGCGACCACUUGACCAAACACGCCCGGAGACAUAUGACCACCAAGAGGUCAUCCUCGUGGCCCGCCGAAACUGGAGAUCUCAAUAAAGUGGCCCUGCCCAAGGGCCAAAACAGAGGCCCUGCGCUUCCUGUUGGUGUGCUCGUUUCCACUGCAAACUAACGGACUCAGUCAGGAGCCCACAGGGCUAACUCAGGACCCCGGGAGGGGUGUGGAAGGGCAACCACACUUUUAAAGGUUGAACUGACUGGUUGUUUCAAUCAGCUCCACCAGCCACAUCAGGACAAUAUUUUUUACUCUAGUAAUCACAUUCGGCUGGUGAACACAGUGAAGACAGCUACUGGGUCCUGGCUACGUUUACAUUAACGCCUCAGAACAGGGUCAUUAAAACAUGGUCAACUAUGAUAAUCUGAAAAGAGGUUAAGAUGGUUGUCUUAAGUCUCAUAUUGAAUUGGUUUCCUUGCUGUGGAAACGGACCAGUUAUCUGUUUCAUCAGUAUUUUUGUUUUUUGUUUUUCAAGCUAAGCAUCUGUCCCACUAGCCUGGGUCAGAUCGAUUGUUUCUUUUAGGGCUGGAACUAACAAUUAAUCUGAUGCUAUCUAUUCUAUUUUUUUCUCUAUAAAGUGCCAGAAAAUAGUGAAAAAAAUCCUGUUAGUAUUUACCACAGACCAAUGUGACGUCUUAAAAUGUCUUGUUUUGUCUGGCCAACAAUCCAAAAUCCAAAGAUACACAGUUUACUAUCUUGUAUGACAGAGAAAAGCAUUUCAGACAACAUUUGGGAAGCUAGGAACAGCAAUGGUUAAAAACAUGACAAUGACUCCAUUAUCACAAUAGUCGAUAAUUUUCUAUUUAUUAAUCAACCAAUUAUUGCAGCUCUACACACCAGAAAACCAAACUGCACAGUUCUUCAGUAAAUGCACUGUGGUGUUUUCCACCAUUGACACUAGCACAGCUUUUAGUAAACUUGACAGUUAUUCUCCCGUUAACAACCAAGGUAACAAAAACUAUAACCUUUUUUGAAAUGAACAAUCUUAAAAACAAAAUGGCAGCUGGCAGUAAAUGGUCCAGGUGUUUUUACUGCGACUGAAAAAGCAGAUACAUGUUCAUAACUGGCUAGCGUGGUAAACAUUAGCUUACGGAUCAUCUUCAUUCAGACACUUUGAGGUGUGGCCAGAUAUUCAGGUGUAUUCACACUACAGUAAUUGAAAUGAUUAAGAUUAACAUCUGAAGUGAGUAUUGCUGAAAUGCAGUUAAAAUCCAGAUAUUCUGAGUUUAAUUCAUGUAGACGUAGCUGGAGCAGCCAGCAGAGGACAGAGCGAGUUUCCCACCCUGCUCAGGACAUUUUAUUCCCACCAACCACAAACUCACAAGGAGGAGGAAGAGGAGGAGGAGGACACGAAGGCGACAGGCUGCUAUUCACCCACGGACAGAAACCAACAAAAACCUGACAUUGCACUGGAUUUUUUUAAUCUUGCUUGUUUUUGUACUCUCUCCGUGUAUAAUCAUGUUUACUUCAUGUGUAUAUGUCAAGUUUAGCAAAAUGUAUGCACUCUUUUUAUUUUUUGCCAAAGCCUCUGUAUUGUGCUUCUAUUGUUAGCCUACUUAUGUUUAUUUGUCUGUGACUGUAAAUAUUGUAAAUAUAUUGAUAUCUAUAUGAAUGUUACGUGUAUUCCAAUCUGCAUUUAUUGACAGUACGAGUUAUUGAUAUUUUAAAAAUGUCAGUGGACAGUAUUCCUCACUGUGAUACUACCUACUAUCUCUGCUUUACACAAUAUUAUUAUUAUUUAAUAAACAUUUGUUGAGGAAAAAAAUGCUGUUUUUGAUAGCUUGAUUUGGCCCAUAGUGUAGCCAGUAAGAAAAUACCUCAUGUUAUUAAAUGUUAUUCUUAAUAAUAAUGGCUUUUAUCAGAAUAAUCCCAUUUCUGAACAUUUGCCUGUAAGCAAUGGUGAAGA